GCAGUGUGCGGUGAAAACGUGUUAGACGCCCUGAACGACGAUAAUGAAAACGAAUCUGAUUGGGAUAUUUGAGCCAUUCCGUGGACUUCCAAGACUCUGACACCGCGAUUAGGCACGAAACUUCUUUUGAUUAGUCGACCUACAUUUUCCGCUGUAGCCUAGAGGAACAAAUGUUUAGAGGCAGAAUCGGUGUUUUGCCAUUACACAAGAUCUGAAUGCCAACGAGCUUGAUGCAAAUCCGAAAGAAGGAUAAGGAAACUACGACUUCGGUGUGGUGUGGAAAAGUAGCUUUUGUAUGUAAGCUCACGGAUGUUUCAUGACUAUCGCCUGUGGUCAGUUUAAUUUAUUGAAACUCCUGUGGGUACCUACCACAUUAGAUAAAUAGGAGGGAUACAUUUUAGCGCAUGAGCGCAGGACUGUGACAUUCCAGUAGUAGCUAAGUUCAACGCAUCUCCCAGCUGGUUGCUAAGAAGGGUUAAACUGUAUCUAAAGCGAGUUGGAAAAUCCAGCCUUUCCUCCACACGGAUCAACUCAUUGGGUGGGAGCUGAGAGAAAGACAAGAGUCCCCAGCAAAUCAGGAGCUAAUUGAUUAAAGAGACUUCAUUUGAAUAGGGGGCUGGCGACGUGCCAAUCGCUUUUCAAAGAGCCCCUGUAUGAUUAAUCGCAAAGCAUUAUUGAUAAUCAUAAUUAUAGCAGGACACAUGCGCGGUGGAUGGGCUCGAUUUCCGUAAUUUUGAGAAGAUUUUUUAGUAAUAUCUUAUUCUGCCCCGGCUGAUGUACGAGCCAGCAUGUCACGGAGGAAACAAGCGAAGCCACAACACUUCCAAUCGGACCCGCAUCUGGCCCUGUCCGACCACAAUGGGAACACAGAACCCUGCACAGAGAAUCCCCCCAGUAAGGACUCUGACGCCCAUGUCUGUGGCAGAUGUUGCGCUGAGUUCUUUGAACUAUCAGAUCUCGAACAACACCAGAAGAAUUGCACUAAAAAUCAAUUAGUUCUGAUAGUCAAUGAAAAUCCGGCCUCUCCUUCCGAAACAUUCUCCCCGGGAUCCUCUCCCGAUAAUCCUGAUGAGCAGAUGAAUGACACAGUUAAUAACGCAGAUCAGGUCGAGUGCGUUGACCUCUCUGAGCAGAACAUGCUCGACAAAGAGGAGUCCAUGGACGUGGAGGUUUCCAGAAUUCACAGCAGCCACGACGGCGGCGGCGGCAGCAGCAGCAGCAGCAGCAGCAGCAGCUCCAUCGGCAACAACAAUGGUAUUAGAAGUGGCCCUGGCCCUGCCAUGGGAAUCUCAGCCACUUUAAACUCUCUACCUCAGCUAGGCAACCUGACUGACCUGGGAAGCUUCUCAAUGAUCAACAGCAAUGUCAUCAUUGAAAACCUGCAAAGCACUAAGGUUGCAGUGGCCCAGUUCUCCCAGGAGACGCGAUCCACGGGUAGCAGCAAAGUGGCAGUCCCAGCCCUGAUGGAGCAGCUCCUGGCUCUGCAGCAGCAGCAGAUCCACCAGUUGCAGCUCAUUGAACAAAUCCGCCACCAGAUAUUACUGCUGGCCUCUCAAAGCCCUGAAGUACCAGUGCCCUCCAGUUCUUCACAAGGUACGCUGGGGACGUCGGCUAACCCUCUCACAACUCUCAGCUCGCAUCUCUCCCAGCAGCUGGCUGCAGCUGCAGGAUUAGCACAGAGCCUCGCCAGUCAGUCUGCCAGCAUCAGCAGCCUGAGGCAACUGACUGCAGCCACCCAGCUACCUCAGAGCAACCCUGGAAACAGCAUUGCACCCCCGGGCAGUGAAUCAUCUCAGAGCAACAGUGCUCUGCCCUCUGACAAGCGGCCCCCUCACGCGGGCAGCCUUCACCCCCAGCUCAGCAGCUCGUCGUUGGCAAAAACAUCUGCCCCGGCCUUCGGAAUUAGUGGCUUGCUGCACCCUGCGGCCAAUCCACUUCUACCUCAGCCCCCUCCUGGCAACCCCAUGUUCUCCAACUCCCUGCCCAGUGUGGGCACCACCGUGGAAGACCUGAACUCCUUGGCUGCCCUGGCCCAGCAGAGGAAAAGCAAGCCACCCCAUGUCGCCUCCUUCGAGCCCAAAAGCAGCUCGGAGGACGCCUUCUUCAAACACAAGUGCAGGUUCUGCGCCAAGGUGUUUGGGAGUGACAGUGCCUUGCAGAUCCACCUGCGAUCGCACACUGGCGAGAGGCCGUACAAGUGUAACAUCUGUGGGAACCGCUUCUCUACCCGCGGGAAUCUGAAAGUCCAUUUCCAGCGGCACAAAGAGAAGUACCCACACAUCCAGAUGAAUCCCUACCCUGUCCCAGAGCAUUUGGACAAUAUUCCGACCAGCACCGGGAUUCCUUACGGCAUGUCCAUGCCACCAGAGAAGCCGGUUACCAGCUGGCUGGACAGCAAGCCAGUCCUCUCCACCUUAACCACUUCAGUGGGCAUGUUGCUCCCACCAACAAUCCCCAGUCUGCCUCCUUUCAUUAAAAAGGAAGAAAAUCACUCUAUUGCGAUAACAAGCCCUUCCGGCUCUGUUAAAAGUGACUCAGGUACAGCAGAGCCAUCUGUGAAAAGUAAUGAGGCUGUAUCGGAGGAGGGCGAAGGUGGCACCCUGCCUACCUCAAGUGGCAAAACUGAGGAGAGCAACCAAGCCUUGAACUCCUUUAUGAGGUCAGGCUCUGCCAGGGAGAGCAGUGCUGACUGUGCCUCCACCAACAGCCCUGUCAUGACCACUAACCCCCUCAUGCCCCUCAUGUCGGAGCAGUUCAAGGCCAAGUUCCCGUUCGGAGGGCUGCUUGAUCCCCUGCAGGCAUCUGAGACCUCCAAGCUGCAGCAGCUGGUGGAGAACAUUGACAAGAAGGCGACCGACCCGAACGAGUGUGUCAUCUGCCACCGCGUGCUUAGCUGUCAGAGUGCCCUGAAAAUGCACUACCGCACGCACACAGGAGAGAGGCCCUUCAAGUGCAAAGUAUGUGGCCGAGCGUUUACCACCAAGGGGAACCUCAAAACACACUACAGCGUCCACCGUGCCAUGCCCCCACUGAGGGUCCAGCACUCCUGCCCCAUCUGCCAGAAGAAGUUUACCAACGCUGUGGUUCUCCAGCAACACAUCAGGAUGCAUAUGGGUGGGCAGAUCCCGAACACGCCCCUGCCGGACAGCUACCCAGAAUCCAUGGGGUCUGACGCAGGCUCAUUCGACGAGAGGAACUUUGACGACCUGGAAAAUUUCUCAGAUGAGAACAUGGAAGGCUUGGAGGACUUUCCUGACAGCAGCAUCCCGGACACGCCCAAGUCCGCAGAUGCUUCCCGGGACAGCUUGUGUUCCUCCCCUAUGCCCGGGGAGAUGGGAGUGAUGAGCUCAGAGAGCCAGGCGAGGAUGGCCCAACAGGUGCUGGCGGAGGACAUCCAGGCCAGCAAGGUGAAGUCAGCAGAGAAUGGGUUCAUGGAGGGGGAACACCUCACUAAUGACUCAUCAUCCCUCGGAGGGGACAUUGAGAGCCAAAGCACCGGAAGCCCAGCUAUUUCCGAAUCUACCUCUUCUGUGCAGGCCCCUUCCCCCACCAGCAGUUCACUAGCACCCCGAAAGUCCCCCAGCUUUGAGGAAAGGCAGCAGAGGGCCUUGUCAUUGGAGCACUUCAGUGCUGGCCUCCUGCAGUCCUCUUCUGCCAGCUCUGGAGCUGUAGACCUUACGUCCUGUAACCCCUCAAAAGACCCUCUGAGCUUGCUGUUCCCCAUCCGCGAGCGGGGCACUUUCAAGAACACCGCAUGCGAUAUCUGUGGCAAGACGUUCGCUUGUCAGAGUGCCUUGGACAUUCAUUACCGAAGCCAUACCAAAGAGAGACCAUUUAUUUGCACUGCCUGUAACCGGGGCUUUUCCACUAAAGGCAACCUCAAGCAGCACAUGCUCACUCACCAGAUGCGAGACUUACCCUCCCAGCUCUUUGAGCCGUCCAAUCCCAACCUGGCUUCGAGCCCCAGCCCCUCUCUCCUCUCAGUCAGCUCCCUGUCAUCCAUGAUAAAGACGGAGUCCAACGGCUUCUUGUCCAGCUCCUACCAGGACUGCAAGGACCCUGUGAUCAGCCUGGCCACUUCCACGCCUGCCACAUCCCCAGUGAUCUCCGCUGCCCCGCCCCGCCGAACACACAAGCAGCACUUCUGCAACACCUGUGGCAAGACCUUCUCAUCCUCCAGCGCACUGCAGAUCCAUGAGAGGACCCACACCGGCGAGAAGCCCUUUGCUUGUACCAUCUGUGGCCGAGCAUUCACAACCAAAGGCAACCUCAAGGUGCAUAUGGGAACACACAUGUGGAACAGUGCACCUGCCAGGCGAGGUCGUAGGCUGUCCGUGGAUGGCCCCAUGGCCUUCCUGGGCACCAACCCCAUCAAAUUCCCGGAGAUCUUCCAGAAGGACGUGGCGGCCAGAGUGGGCAAUGGGGACCCAGCAAGCUUCUGGAACCAGUACGCGGCAGCCUUCUCCAAUGGCCUGGCCAUGAAGACCAAUGAGAUCUCCGUCAUCCAAAACGGGGGCCUCGCGCCUCUGUCAGGAAGCAUAGGGAAUGGGGGCAGCUCACCUGUCGGCGGGCUGACCGGAAGCCUGGAGAAGCUGCACAGCACAGAACCCACUGCCCCUCUGGCAGGGCUCGAGAAAAUGGCCAACACCGAGAACGGGACCCACUUCCGUUUCACUCACUUCAUAGAGGACAACAAAGAAAUUGUCACCAACUAGAAGUGCUCAGAUUAACAUUCCUCAGAACACA